GAUGCUGCAAUUUGUCAGCAAUCAAGUGGGAGAGUUCCCUGACUUGUUUUCAGAGCAGCUGUGUAACUCCUUCCCUGGCAGUGGUGGUGGUGGUGGUGGUGGCGGCGGUGGCAGCAGCGGUGGUGGCAGCGGCAGCAGCGGCAGCAGCGGCAGGGGUAGUGGUGGUGCAGCUGUGGACCCCUCAAUGCAGCGGCCUUUCAGCCAGGUCCCUUUAUCGUCCUUCUCUCCCUCGGCCGCCUCCCCUCAGGCUCCAGCCCUACAAGUCAAGGUCCCUCCCACCACAGUUCCCACCCCACCACGGGCAACUCCUGUUCUUCAACCCCGUCCCCAACCCCAGCCUCAACCACAAGCUCAGCUGCAGCAACAGACAGUAAUGAUCACCCCAACAUUCAGCACCACUCCCCAGACGAGGAUCAUCCAGCAGCCUUUGAUAUACCAGAAUGCAGCUACCAGCUUUCAAGUCCUUCAGCCGCAAGUCCAGAGCCUGGUGACGUCCUCCCAGGUUCAGCCAGUCACCAUCCAGCAGCAGGUGCAGACGGUACAGGCCCAGCGGGUGCUAACACAGACGGCCAAUGGCACGCUGCAGACCCUGGCCCCAGCCACGGUGCAAACAGUUGCUGCACCCCAGGUGCAGCAGGUCCCGGUUCUGGUCCAGCCUCAGAUCAUCAAGACAGAUUCCCUUGUUUUGACCACACUGAAGACAGAUGGCAGCCCUGUCAUGGCUGCAGUCCAGAACCCAGCCCUCACCGCUCUCACUACCCCCAUCCAGACAGCUGCCCUUCAAGUACCAACCCUGGUGGGCAGCAAUGGGACCAUUCUGACCACGAUGCCUGUGAUGAUGGGGCAAGAAAAAGUGCCCAUUAAGCAGGUACCUGGGGGAGUCAAGCAGCUCGAGCCCCCCAAAGAAGGAGAAAGACGGACAACUCACAAUAUCAUAGAGAAGCGCUAUCGCUCCUCUAUUAAUGACAAAAUAAUUGAGUUAAAGGACCUGGUCAUGGGGACAGAUGCCAAGAUGCACAAGUCUGGUGUUUUGAGGAAAGCCAUCGAUUACAUCAAAUACCUGCAGCAGGUCAAUCAUAAACUGCGUCAGGAGAACAUGGUACUGAAGCUGGCAAAUCAGAAAAACAAGCUCUUGAAGGGCAUUGACCUCGGCAGUCUGGUGGACAAUGAGGUGGACCUGAAGAUCGAUGACUUUAAUCAGAAUGUUCUUCUGAUGUCCCCCCCGGCCUCCGACUCGGGUUCUCAGGCUGGCUUCUCUCCCUAUUCCAUUGACUCCGAGCCAGGAAGCCCUUUAUUGGAUGAUGCAAAGGUCAAAGAUGAGCCGGACUCUCCUCCUGUAGCACUGGGCAUGGUGGACCGCUCGCGAAUUCUGCUGUGUGUCCUCACCUUCCUGUGCCUCUCCUUUAACCCCCUGACUUCUCUGCUGCAAUGGGGAGGGACCCACGACUCUGACCAACACCCCUACUCAGGCUCAGGCCGCAGCGUCCUGUCACUUGAGUCAGGUUCUGGAGGCUGGUUUGACUGGAUGAUGCCAACGCUCCUCUUAUGGCUGGUAAACGGUAUGAUUGUCCUGAGUGUCUUUGUGAAGCUGCUGGUCCAUGGGGAGCCUGUGAUCCGGCCACACUCACGCUCCUCUGUCACCUUCUGGAGGCAUCGGAAACAGGCAGACUUGGACCUGGCCAGGGGAGAUUUCGCAGCUGCUGCCACCAACCUCCAAACCUGCCUGUCAGUUUUGGGCCGGGCACUGCCUACUUCCCGCCUGGACCUGGCCUGCAGCCUCUCCUGGAACGUGAUCCGCUACAGCCUGCAGAAGUUGCGCCUGGUACGCUGGCUGCUGAAGAAAGUCUUCCAGCGCCAUCGGUCCACCCCAGCCACUGCAGCGGGCUUUGAAGACGAAGCUAAGACCAGUGCCCGGGAUGCAGCCCUGGCCUAUCACAGACUGCACCAACUGCACCUCACAGGGAAGCUUCCCGCAGGAUCUGCCUGUUCAGAUGUACACAUGGCUUUGUGUGCUGUGAACCUGGCUGAAUGUGCAGAGGAGAAGAUCCCGCCAAGCACGCUGGUUGAGAUCCACCUGACUGCUGCCAUGGGGCUCAAGACCCGGUGUGGAGGCAAGCUGGGCUUCCUAGCCAGCUACUUCCUCAGUCGAGCCCAGAACCUGUGUGGCCCUGAUCACAGUUCUGUCCCUGACUCUCUACGCUGGCUCUGCCACCCCCUGGGCCAGAAGUUUUUCAUGGAACGGAGCUGGUCAGUGAAGUCAGCCGCCAAGGAGAGUCUGUACUGCGCCCAGAGGAGCCCAGCUGACCCCAUUGCCCAGGUUCACCAAGCCUUCUGCAAGAACCUGCUGGAGCGAGCUGUGGAAUCUUUGGUGAAACCUCAGGUCAAGAAGAAGGCUAGUGACCAGGAGGAAGAGAGCUGUGAAUUCUCCAGUGCUUUGGAGUACCUGAAAUUACUUCAUUCUUUCGUGGACUCAGUGGGGAUUAUGACCCCACCCAUCUCCAGUAGCCCUGUGCUCAAGUCAGCCCUUGGUCCAGAUGUCAUCUGUCGGUGGUGGACAUCUGCAAUCACUAUGGCCAUCAGCUGGCUUCAAGGAGACGACCUGGCUGUGCGCUCUCACUUCACUGAAGUCGAGCGUGUCCCUAAGGCCCUUGAGGUUACCGAGAGCCCCUUGGUGAAAGCCAUCUUCCACACCUGCAGAGCCAUGCAUGCCUCACUCUCUGGGAAAGCAUAUGGACAACAAAGUUACUUCUGCCAUUGUGAGAGGGCCAGUGGCCACCUGUGGAGCAGCCUCAAUGUCAGCGGGGCCACCUCUGACCCUGCCCUCAACCACGUGGUCCAGCUGCUCACCUGUGACCUGCUGCUGUCCCUGCGCACAGCACUCUGGCAAAAGCAGGCAGGUGCCAGCCAGGCCCUGGGUGAGACCUACCAUGCAUCGGGUGCUGAGCUGGCUGGCUUCCAGCGGGACCUGGGUAGCCUGCGCAGGCUGGCACACAGCUUCCGCCCAGCGUACCGUAAGGUGUUCCUGCAUGAGGCCACUGUGCGUCUGAUGGCAGGAGCAAGCCCCACACGCACCCACCAGCUGCUAGAACACAGCCUACGGCGGCGCACCACACAGAGCACCAAGCCCGGAGAGGUGGACUCCUGGCCUGGCCAGCGAGAGAGGGCCACCGCCAUCCUGCUGGCAUGCCGCCACCUGCCCCUCUCUUUCCUCUCCUCCCCGGGCCAGCGGGCCGUGCUGCUGGCCGAGGCUGCACGCACUCUGGAGAAGGUGGGCGACCGGCGCUCCUGCAACGACUGCCAGCAGAUGAUUGUCAAGCUGGGUGGUGGCACUGCCAUCGCUGCCUCCUGACCUCCGAGCGUGGCCUGCUGCCUCCUUCCACCUUUCUGUCAGUCUCUCCCAGGAACCUCCCUGUCUCUCAGUUUUUCCCUUUCUUCCCUCUGAGAGUGUAGGGCUGAGCCUGGUCUUUGAGCUGUCACCUGCCAAGGCUUUGGGCCACCUCAGGCGUUGGAUCACCUCUGGGCAAAGCCCCUUAAAGCUGAUGUCAACAGAGGCCCAUAAUCCAGGGCCCAGCGUGCCUGAGGGGAAGGGUAGCUGGGCAGGACCUGAGGGUACCCCUGAUUUGCCAGCAGCAGGGGGCUCCCUAGCUGCCAAGCCCCUGUCAGCCUCUUGAGCGUCUCUGUCCUCUGGAUAUCUCUGCCCUUUGUGCUUCCUCCUUUUUUACUGGCUUUCUCUUCUGGGGGACAUAGGUCUCUGGGCCUCCAGACCUGCCCAGCGUGCCCCUGCAGCCUUUUUAUACGAAUGUUUUUAUAUGAGCGCGGGGUCCGCCGGCUGCGGCCUCCUUCCUCCCUCCCUGGGUCCAUGCCCCUACCCCUGAGCCUAAGCCAGUUCCUUGUUUCUCAUCACACAGGACAACCAGGGAGUGGGGAGCCCAGCCCUGGGGAGGUGGGUGGGAGGUAGGGGGCAGGCUGGGAAUGGAUGAAAUAAUGUUGGCAUUAUUUUUUAAUUUUUUAAAAAAAUAAAUGGUAUCUUAUUUAAUUGUCCUGUUCCUUCCCACUCCCCUGCCUCCUGGGGUGUCAGCCCAAGUUUAGGGUAGGCCCAGGGGGCUGGGAGGGAUGGAGCCCCCAUUGGGACUGGGGGCCAGAGGCCUUCGGUAUGGUUUCUAAGUUCCUUGCCACUCUGCCCCAAUUCCUACCUCCAUAGUAUAUUUUUAUCCCUAAUUCUUGACCUGAGAAUAAGCCAGGGUAGUAGGGACCAGCCCUCAACCCUCAACAAGCCCCUCUUCUCGGAGUGGGCAUGGGCACAAGGAAUGAGGUCUCCUGCCUUGUUGGGGCCUAGGAGGAAAAGUAUCUCACUUUUCUGGUUCCCCUGGCUUGGUGCCUUCCCAAAGGCUAUGUCCCCAAGGGGCUCCUUAGAGACGGGAAGGAACCCUCCCAGUGCUUCUCACCCUCUGAAGCUAGUUGAGGCAGAGGGUGACCAGGCGCCCCACAGGUCGGUGCACACAGCAAGGGUGCACACAGCAGGGGUCCCCUGGAUGUGAAUGCAGAAGGCCAGCUUUGAGUUGUCUGCCCAUGGGGUAUGCUUGGGCCCCACCGCUUUAUCUCUUCCCCUCCCUCCACUUUCACUGUAAUUUAUGGUCCCUUCUCCCCAGGUCAGCCAGCCUGUGUCAUGUGUACAUACUGUGCCUUUUCUCGUUGAUGUUUGGGGGUGGGAGGGGAUGGUUUUUCACUGAAAAGGGGGAUACACCUAUGGCUUCCUUGAUGUUGAAUCAUUCACCAUGUCCGGACGUAGGUUCUUAAAUAAAUACGGUUUGGUACCACCCAGCA